AGCUUCACUAAUGCACUGACCAAGAACAUAGUGGCCAUGCUGGUGUGGCUGACCCUGAGCGUCAUCAACGGCAGCAUGGUCAACACCUUCCUCAAGCACAGCUUCUUCUACGAAGACCCGCGCUAUGUGAUGUUCAUCUUCAUGGUCGUCAACGACGCUGUCCAGCUGACCCUGGUGACAGCCCUGUAUGUGGUCAGCUACGUCUUCUUCAAGAUCCAUGCCUCCGUCUGCUGCCCCCUGCUGAUGACCGCCGUGAUGACCACCCGCGCCACGCCGCUGAUCCUGGCAGGGAUGGCCAUCGAGCGCUACGUGGCCAUCUGCUUCCCACUGCACUACCAGCAGAUCUGCACCAUCACCCGCACGCUCCUGCUGAUUUCCGUGAUCCUGGUCCUCACAGCCGCCGUGCCUCUCACCGACCUCUUCAUCACCCUGGCCAAGGAGCCCCCCAGCCUCUUCCACUCCACCAUCUUCUGCGACCACUCCCUGCUGUUCAGGGACCGCUCCAUCUACUACAAGAACUGCGUCUUCGACAUCGUCUACUUCUCUUCCGUCUUCCUCACCCUCCUGUACACCUACUGCAAGAUCAUGCUGGCCGCCCGGGCCGCCUCCACCGACCAGGUGUCGGCCAAGAAGGCCCGGAACACAGUGCUGCUCCACGGGGUCCAGUUGCUGCUGUGCAUGCUGGCCUUUGUCGUGCCCUCCAUGCAGGCCCCUCUGAUCCAGCUCUUCCCGGAGUUCGGCCUGGAGAUACGCUACGUCAACUUCCUCCUGGUCUACAUCAUACCCCGUUUUCUCAGCCCCAUGAUCUACGGCUUCAGAGACGAGAAGUUCCGGAAAUACUGGGCCAGGCACAUCACGUGCCGGAUGAAGAAAGUCGUGCCGGUAAUCAAAUCCCGUCAGAAGUGA